UCGUAAUUAUAGAAUCAAAAUUUAGGAUCUACUCUCUUUAUCUAUUAGAAUCUGCAGGUGCUGGAAUAUGCACUUUUGAAUUGCAAGAAGAUAUAUUUGUGACUUAUCAGUUCUUACCACUUCGGAGUGCUUGUAAACAGAACUCCUGUUUUGAUCCGCAUCUUGCAUUCUUGGCAGUCAUAAUUAUGGAAAUGGGUUGACUUACUGUAAUUUGGAAUAACGCGCCUGUUGCCUCCUCUGAGUCCUUUCAGUGCAUUUCAAAAAUCAAGGUCCAGGGAUCUCUUAGUUCGCAUUCACCAUGUUGUGGGAACUUUUAGCCAGACAUAGUAAUCUCAUAUGGAUUUUAAUCCUCUUCGCCUUCGCCUUCUCCCCCUUUGCCUCCGAGUCGGAUGACAGCGUUUCCGACUCCGCUCCCAGCAGUCCCCCCAACACCACCGUUGCCGUGAAUGCCUCGGCCAACAGCACUUCCGAAGAAAUCGAUGAUGGCCACUGCGUCAGCGCGCAGGGAAAUUUCGCCCAGUUGAUCCGCAGCUACACGAAUUCCAGCCUGCUGGGGGAUGGUGAAUCCGCCGAGGACCGUUGUGACAGCGAUGCCAUGGCGGAGGCCACGGCUGAAGCCAACGCGUCUAUCCGGGAGAAAGCGCUGCGUUCGUUGCCCGUGGCGUCCACGCUCAGCCAGGUGAACAACGCGGAAUCCGUGCAGUUCAUGAAGUGGGCCGCGGAUUUCUUCCCGCGCCACUGGUCCGCUCCCACGAAGGAGCGCUUCCUGAAGAUUGUCGGCGUGACGCAGGAUGAUACGUGUACGUCGCAGCCUGAUCCGCUGGAUUUUUCCACAGGAUGGCAGGCGCGAUCGAUUUUAUAUUUAUAUCAAUCCAACAAGACCCGUUUGAGCUGCGCCAGUAUUUAUUCCAAAGACUCUGGUCAUUUGAGUGUUAUCCCUGGUUACCAACUCCAAGAUGUGCUCAACGACACCGCCAGUAACCAAGUGUGCACCGUCGUCUUCUUUUAUUCUGGCACUUGUCCCUACUGUUAUCGCGCAGCUCCUGUCAUGCAUUCGGCAGCCGUAUAUUUCCCGGAGAUUAGAUUUCUGGCUGUGGACACCGACAGAACCCCAGGGGUAGCCGGACACUAUGGAAUAAUGGGUGUUCCAGUGGUUGUACUCUUUUACGAGAAACGGUUUAUUACUGGCUGGACUAUCCCGAAAACCGAUGCUCGCGAUACUAUCCGAGCAUUCAUUAUGGCUUAUACUGAUGUAAAAUACAUUCCACACACGCAGAAUAUUACUGGAUUGAACGAAGGAAUACUGAGCCAUUUUGAAUUGAGGAAGCAGAACAGUUUGAUCUACAUGAUUUCCAACAUAAUCGUCUUGGCCGCCUUUGCCAUCAUAUUCUGGAAGCGAUACUUGCUGGAUGCCAUCAAAAAAGCAUUAGACCGGGCAGGUGUCAAUGACGAGCGACUGGUCUUGGGUGUCCAACAGCCGAAUCCUCUCGGCGAUCCCCAAAUCCCCGUUCCCCAAAUUGCGCCGGAAGUGCAGGACAAUGUGAACUGAAUCCUGGAGGAGUUGUGAUUAUUUUCCGGAAUGGAAAUGAGGCCGCUCGUUGUGGAGUGCCGACAACGGUGAAGCUGGGAAAUACUUCACCUCAAUCAUCACUUGUGUUUGAAAAUUGUCCUGUGAGUAAUUUCCAUUUCAUUACUGUGAAGGGUAAACGGAUGGCCCUUUUUUCCAUAACGAUUAUUGUUAUUUAUAGCUGAUGUAUACGCGCCGUUCUGCUGGCGUAGCGCACAACCUGUGAUGGUAUAGUAAUCGGUCUAUGUUAAGUUUUACAUGUACUUUGUAUUAAGAUUUGACUCUGCUUUGAAUGAGUCUCCGAAUGGUUUAGGAAUAUUCAUCAAAAGCAAACCGGCUUAUUUGUGCUUUAUUGUGAGAUAUUUAUGGAAACAACGUGCGGUUUUCUUGA